AUGGCACAGGAGGUGGGCACCUUCCGUGUGAUCCCGGACGUGGAGCAGGCACUCCGAGCGCAGCUGGAGCGGCUCACCACCAAGGACCACGGCCCCGUCUUUGGCCCGUGCAGCCAGCUGCCCCCCCACACUCUGCAGAAGGAUAACGCACUCAAGACUGAGCUUGGCGCCACCGGCGCCAGGAGGCGCAGGCUGUGGUCAUUGGAAAGUCUUGGGCUCUCUCUGGCGAGCACACCCAGGCGGGGUGUGGCCUCCUUCUCCCAGCACAAGCCGCUGCGCUGCGCGGGAGCUGCAGGAGGCCGGCGCCCAGCGCCCAGCCGGCCGGCCGGUGGAGUUCCCGCGCCCGCCAGCGCGCCGGCACCUGCUUUUCUGCUUUUGGUCCAGGCCAGGGACGAGCUGAACGAGAGGGAGGAGACCCGGGAGGAGGCCGUGCGAGCGCUGCGCGAGCUGGUGCGGCAGCAGGCGGCCUCCGGGCAGCAGCUGGCCGUGGCGGUGGCCGAGAGGGCGCAGGCUUGGGACAGCGCCUUCUUUCUGCGCUUCCUCCGCGCGCGGAAGUUCCACGUGGGGCGCGCCUACGAGCUGCUGCGCGGCUAUGUGAGCUUCCGGCUGCAGUACCGGGAGCUCUUUGACAGCCUGUCCCUGGAGGCGGUCCGCCGCACCAUCGAGGCUGGCUACCCCGGGGUGCUCUCCAGCCGGGACAGGUAUGGCCGGGUGGUCCUGGUCUUCAACAUCGAGAACUGGGACUGUGAGGAAGUCGCCUUCGACGAGAUCCUGCAGGCCUACUGCUUCAUCCUGGAGAAGCUACUGGAGAACGAGGAAACCCAGAUCAACGGCUUCUGCAUCGUUGAGAACUUCAAGGGCUUCACCAUGCAGCAGGCUGCCGGGCUGCGGCCUUCUGACCUCAGGAAGAUGGUGGACAUGCUCCAGGACUCCUUCCCAGCCCGCUUCAAGGCCGUCCACUUUAUCCACCAGCCGUGGUACUUCACCACCACCUACAACGUGGUCAGGCCCUUCCUCAAGAGCAAGCUGCUCCAGCGGGUCUUCGUCCACGGCGACGACCUGUCCGGCUUCUUCCGGGAGGUGGAUGAGGACAUCCUGCCCGCCGACUUCGGGGGCACGCUGCCCGAGUACGACGGCAGGGUCGUUGCCGAGCGGCUCUUCGGCCCCCAGGCCCAGGAGGACACAGCCUUCUGAGGCUGGCUCCUGGCAGCCAGCGCUGCGGCCCGCACCGGGCUGACCUGACCCGAGGCUGGGAAAAGGUUCUCUGGAGGACUUGGGUCCCAGGGAGCCUGUAUGUAGAUGCCAAGUUAGUGGACGUUACAAUAGCGGGGCUCCGGGAACAGCGCUGGGGGCAGGACACCUGCUGCCCCUCUCAAGCUUUAGGGCAGCACCUCCGGGGGCUGAAUUCUGACUAGUGUGGCAACACUCCCGUGGGGCCUUUGUAAAGCUUUGCAACUUAAGGUCUGUGGACACAGGCCGGAGAGCUGCUUUAAAGCCC